GGGGCAGACCAUAAUAAAUCUGCUGUGUGUGGACUGCGAGGAAAUCAGUCUGAAAUGGCAGCUGACUGGAAACUGAAGUGUAACUCCCAGUGGCAGCUGGGGGCUCACGGUGUCCCCAUGUCUGACAGCGUGGACUGGAAAUCGGUAUUCAAGAAGAAGCCAUUUCAACGCAACCUACUGCAGAACCCCUCGCCUUAUGGUGUAAAGCACACCAUCCCACCACCCGAACCCCAUCGUUCGGGAAUGCCACCUCCUCCAAACCAACCACCUCAGUUUGAGCCCAUUGGUAGUUUCUCUGGCUGGGAAACUAGUACAGAAGUUUUGCCAUAUGACACUAGUGGUAUCCCCCCUGGGGUUGUGGUCUGUCAGCUACCUCGGUACAGCUGGUUCUCUCUAGAGCAACGUGUGGACCUGAAGUCAGAGGGUCUGUGGGACCAACUGCUGGAUGAGUUUCAGCCUGAGAUAGUCAUUGAGGACUGGUAUGAGGAAAGCCAGCUUCAUAAAUCUAUCUAUCAGCUUGACGUGAAGCUCUUGGGUGCUGAUGGAAAGACGGUCAUUAAGCAGCACACAUAUAACCCUGAGGAGAACCCGAAGUCCUCCUCACACACCUGGAAAAAGGUCUCCCAUGUAUUCUCCAAGUAUGGGCCGGGAGUGAGGUACAUUCACUUCCUCCACAGACUGAAGAAAAGGUCCAUGUUUGAUCAGUUCUUUAAUACCAAAGUCACAGACAGCUCGAUUAUCAUCAAGACCAGCAAAGCCGGUGUGAAAUAAGCCAUCACAGUCAAAAAAAAAACAUGUUGACGCACUAUGUAGACUUUGUUUUUUAGAACAACGCGCUAUUGUCUGAAUUUUUUUUUUUUUUUUUUAAAUAACUGCACCUGCAAUGUAAUAAAACAUUCCUCAUUCA